AUAUAUAAGAGAGGGUUAUAACAAGCUGGAGAUCACACGUCUCUCGUCUCUGCAGGAUGCUACGAGUUGCUUUUCUCUUGGCUGUUGUGUGCAGUUCCUUGGCCCACGACAGUUUCGCCAAGAAAUAUGCCUACACGAAGGUGAUGACUAAUUGCUUUGGCGAAGAAAGGUAUUAUAACUGGACCAAAGAAGUGUUCAAAGCAGUGAAACAAUGUUAUAACGCAGAGAUUAACUUACCGGCGGAAGACGAUUCUGGGGAAAGUUCGGAGGAAAAGAGUGAAGAAGCGUUCCGUGGGAGUCCCGUGUUCUUUCAAGUGUUCUACACACCCCAAGAACAAGGCGGAGACCAAGACCAGAAAUUCCCCUUCAGUCUCCCCUUCAAAGCCAUUAGCCAAAGACAGAAGCGUGAAGUAAUGUACGACGGUCCGUUGUUGAAGAAAAUGGUUGAGAAGGUGAAGGCCAAAGUGAGCAACUUCACCUGCGUCUUGAAGAAAAUGAAAGUGGUGGAUGACGAGUUCAACCUUGAUUACGAGGAGAUGAUCAAAGUCAGGACGGAAGUUCCUAUUGAUGACACGCUGAAGAACGAACUUGUCAAGACUAUUAAUCACUGCAAGAAAUUCACAAAUGCUUGGCCACUCGAGGACUCAGGUUCCCCGAUGCCCAAGAAACUCCAAGAGAUCGUAGCCUUUGUGAAGUGCGAGAAAAAGGCGCGGCUGAAGGCCUGUAUGAAAAUCGACCUCCUGAAGCACCUGGCCGAGUUCGACCUUUCCGACUUCAGUGAGGCUGGAGAGGCGAGCGAGGUCGAGAAAGCUGAGAAACUUCUGCAUCUCCUGUGGGGCUUUGAAAACAGGGACGAUUUCCAGCUGUACUGAGGAUGGGAGUGAAGCAAGAGAGGAAAAAGAAGGGGGAUAGAAGGAGGUGGAGUGGAAGAGAAAUGAUGUGAUAGAAAAAGAAGAUUAAAAAGGGGAGGAAGGAAAUGAAAGAAUAAAUGAGUAGCUAGUUGAAAGUAGAAGAAAUAUUCUUUCCUUCCUUCUCUACCAUUAUGUAAUUAUUCCGAAUUAAAUAAAAUAAUCUGAAGGUAAUAAAUUGUUAAAAAAUCA